AUGAUUGCAAUGAGGUAUCCACCUGCAUCCACCUCCGUUGAUAGCUCAAAAUUAGUUCAAAAUGUUCGUCAACAUCUACUACAUCUAAUGUGGAUGCAGGUAACUGCACAUAUUUACCAAAGAAACACAGUAGUACCGAAGUUAUCGGUGGCGCAAAAACUGUGGAUUGAUGCUGUACCUGAUGAACUUAAAGAUUUGACAAUUCCCGAAUAG